AUGCGCGAGGCAGGUUGGUCUAGCGUCAGUGAGAGCACAGAGCUUGAAUGUGCGAAAGCGAAAUAUCAAGCUGAUGCCGGUGAGGAGGAAGCAGUGGAGAGAGGCGGUACAAACAUUCCGUUUCUUUGGCAGGUGUUGGUGGGAACACCAGCUGAUGGUACGUUGUUGAAGGGCGACAUCAUCACCAGGAUCAGCUGCACCGAGACUAAGAACAUCACACACCAGCAGGCCGCAGAUCUCUUCAACAACGCUGGAAAUCAGAUCGCCGUCCAGAUAAAGAGGACGGGAGUGCACACCACCCCUGCAGGAGCAACAGCAACAACCUCAGCGGCUCCGCUGGUCAACGGCAGCCCGGCUCACGCUACCCCCUCGGUGCCAGUCUCCAGCGUUCACCCGCUACCUGGCGCCGCUCCCAACACUAGCGCUCGCCCUGAGAACCCAGCCGUGAGAUCCCUUCCCAAGACCCAGUUCGUCCUCAAGUCUGACCUCCCUCGACCGCCGAAACAGCCGGCCACCAACAUGGAGACCUUGUCCAUCCAGAGCCAGCCAUACCGUACGCUGCCUCUACUGCAGCCUUCAGCUAAGGUGCGUUCGGACCUGGGCGUGGGUAGUAUCUCUCACCUCAAGAUGCAGGAAGACCACAUCUCGGGGGUGAAGGAGCCACAGUAUGUGCCACAGUCUCAGGCCUUGGCGGUCAAAGCCAAGCACGACGAACUAAUCAUGAAGCAGAAGGUUACCGGUACUUUACAACAAAUCCAACAGACGCAGCAGACUCUCACCACAGCAACACAAGCGUCAAAUGCUACACUAGUCAAUAAGCAGUACAACAGUCCUAUAGCACUCUACUCCCAGGAGAACGUUCAGGAGGCGAUGAGGACUCAACCUUCCCCAGCCCACACCCCGUCCAUCAAUCCGGCUGCUUCCUCCGCCGCUGCUGAUGCCGCCAAGGCCAUUAGAAAAGUGAGCACCCCAAUCCCCGCACACAAGCCCGUGCAGGUGAUCCUCAACCCUUCCAAAGAAUAUAAUCCCCAGUCAAGUGCCACCUGGCGCGCCCUUCAGGAAACUGACGCGCCAGUCGAUCCUCAGAAGAUAGCAAACUACACAUCUCUGAAGGAACAUGAUCCCAUCUACUCUGAAGUGUACACGGCGCCCGUGGCCCCUAAACCAGGCCAGAGACCACCAAUUAGAACCAACGCGCUGCCUGGCCCACGGUCACCGGUCUCCGAACUCUUGCCCACCCUUAUGAAACCGAGCAGUGAGACGCUGAUAGACCCCAGGACCCGAAGUUUCCUGAGUCCACCCAAGACGGGUCUUUCUGCUGUCCUCUCCGCCACCCUAGCUGAGAGCAGGCCAGUGAACCAACACAUAACCACCGAUCGCGAGAAGAUUCCAAUGUAUGAGGAUGACUACUACUACUACUACAACUACUCUCAGCUACAGGAGGCUCAGCAACCCCGUAGACCAGGAGGCCCUAAGACGAACGCCAUCGGUGGAAGGAAGAAGAUUGCCCAGACGGCCUCCUUCAACAGACUCAUGAUGGACGUGCUGGGCGAGUGAGCCGUCCCUCGACACGCCCGCACGCCCACAACACCGCCCACCGUGUCCUAGGAUUACACUCGCGUCGCGUCUGUUGCAUAAUGAAUUGCUUUGCUUCUAAAAACGAAGUGAUAUGCCUCUGAGGACUUACCCAAACAAGCUUUUCUCUUUUGUAAGGGAUAUUCCGACAGCCAAACACUGGAUAAUGCAUAUCAUAAGAAUUGCCUCUCAGUCGAUAAAGGUCACUGGCUGAUCAACUCCUCCAUGAUGGAAGGUAGAGGGGAAGGAUCACCCGCAGUUGCUGAAAGAAUAUAUAUAUUUGUAGUCUAUCUCCUGAAGAAUGCUUGUCCGUUAUAUUCUUUGUGUUCAGGUGAAUAAUUUUGAACUGAUAAAUAUAUUUUUUUGCGAUUUUAUGCUAGCCAUGACUGCUCCGACGUUAUAGCACAGCAUUUUGCUGGAUUUUUGGAAAACCAAUGCAAAAAAUGCGGCAACUUUUUGUCCUCCAGUAGAUGGUAGUGAUGUAAGUUACAUAAUUAUGCAUUUGUAUUUUAUGUAGCAAAUUCGGGCCAGAACAAAAGCCUCACUCAGGGCCAUUCCACACCAUGUCAGGGUCUCACUCAGGGCCGUCUGUUAUCAAGUCAGGGCCUCAGAGCCGUCCCACACUAGGUCACAACCCUUAGUCAGGACCGUCCCAUCACCAGGACUAGAAACACGGUCAGGGCCGACCCAGGCAAGGUCAGGACAUCAGGAGUGUCCUUCACUAAUUCUACCACAUGGAACCCAAGACAACACCCUAUUGAUAUGCUGUGAUCAUGAGAUUUAUCUUCUGAUAAUUUUCCCGUAAGACUCUAUAACCAUCGACAAAACUGACAACAGAACAAGACAGUUUUGGAGCAGGAUGUGACUUUAGUGUCCAGUGUAACGACGGCCCCUAGUUGGACUCGUUGGGACCCGAGAGCCGGAUGCUCUGGCCCCAAUUCGCUGUACUCCUGUAAAAUGACACGAAGAGCUCUUCAUAUGCCAAUCUGAAUCUGCCUUGUGGCUCUCAACUUUGAGUUACGUGAGUUGCAUUGGAAAUUUAAAAAAAAAAACAAGAAUUUUCGAAGUACAGAUCUAAGACUGUUAUAUAUUACAGGUUCGACAACACACCUUCAGACUUCUCUGACGUCUUCUAAAAAAUAAAAACAACGUGAAGGUAGAAAGUAUUACCGUGUAAAUGUUUAAAUUUUGUGGGAAGGUCAACACUGUGGAGCUGUGCGAAAUGCAUGUUGCAGUGUCAAAUCAACAGCGUCAUUUGUUUUAAUUUUCGCUAGCAUUUUCACCAGAAAAUAAUGUUGGAACUUACAACUAUAAAUAAUAAAAUAGUAUUAUUGCCAACAAUCUGUUACACAAUUAUUUUUUAUUAGCUAAAGCGGCACCUCCUUAAUAGUAAUGUGGUAACAAAAAUAUGGAUCAUGACCACAGUUUAUUGUGGUAUUGUCAGUGUUUAGUAUCCUUUUCUCUCACUCUAAAGCACACACACACACACACACACACUUUUGUAAUGUUAGUGUUCCUCUAGGCAGCUGGUCUCUUACUGCUUUGUGACGUCUAGUUAAAAUAUUUAGACUGAAUUUUAUUUGGUAUCCACAUAUUAAUGACCUAAGGUUUCGUUGCUCUACUGAUGCACCAUUUUCAAGGACUGCGAUAAUAAACUUGAGACAGUCACCUCCAAUAGAUGGCGCUGUCCGUACCUAGGAGGCCUUAGCCAAUGAUUUUGACUGAUCAAUUCUCGGUCAGCAAUUUCGUUACAUCAUAUUUUGGCCAAUGCUCUCGAUAAAUUAUAUGCUAAUAACCAAUGUUUCAGGUGACGUGUUUAAAGCCAAAUUAGAUUUGAUUUUAGAGCAAAAAUAUCUGUGUAACACUUUCGUAAGACAAAGCAUCUGAAAUUUGUCACUGAAAACAUUGCCAAGGGUGUCUGGACUCAGUGUGUUAAGUUCCACGUACCAUGGUUCAUAUUUUGGAUACGGCAGCUCAAGCAGCACUUGAGUGCCUGUCUUAAGUGCAUCAAGCAACACUCGCUGCAAGGCUGCGAGGUUCGUCAUAGGUGCUUUAAGCAACACUCACAUGUGGCUGCUGGUUUUUCUUGAGUGCGCUCGGUCAACACGUAUUAAUGGCUGACUGUCCUAUACACCUUUGGCAACAAUCAGCAGGGCCGUUCUAAGUGGCCGUCCAUCCUAGAUGCCUUAGGCAACACUCACGUGUGUGGCUGCUGGACUGUCCUAGGUGCCUCAGGCAACGUUCAGUACAUGGAUGCCCAUCCUAGGAGGUGGCGGGAGCUCCAAGUAUUGCUUGCCACAAGGCUAGCACACAGACUUAAUAUUCAGACUACUUUGGGAAUGUUCUUUCCAGGAUGACCAUAUUUUAGCUAUUUUGAGAACUGUACAGUUAAUGAGUGUGAAUAAAUAAUAAUCACAGUCAUAA